AUGUCUGAUUACGGUGAUCACGAGGCUGAGGAUGGCGGCUACGACUACGAUGCCGGUGAGCCCGAGUACGAUGACAACGAGCCAGAAGACUUCCUAGAGCCCGAAGAUGUCGACGUGGAAGGCGAUCAAGCCGCUGCCGCCGCCGAAGACGUAUACCAGGGUGCAGUGAACGGCGAGCGAACCAUCAUAUCCGGCGAUCCAAAUGCUGGCGGUGGUCGAGGUGUGAUGGAGCAGCCCCGAGAGAAGAAGAUACCCAAUGAUCAGCGCUCGACUACACCAUAUAUGACCAAGUAUGAGCGAGCUCGUGUUUUGGGUACUCGGGCUCUUCAGAUCAGUAUGAAUGCCCCUGUUUUGGUCGAUCUUGAAGGCGAGACCGAUCCCCUUCAGAUUGCUCUCAAGGAACUCAAUCAGAAGAAAAUCCCUCUGAUCAUUAGGAGAUACCUUCCCGACGGAUAUUAUGAGGACUGGACCUGCGAAGAGCUUCUAUAA